AUGUUGGAGAAUCAUGAGAAGUUUGGUAACUGUGACCCCAAGAAGAAGAAGAAACCAACGUGUCCUAUUAGGUGGUGCAAGGAGAUACUGCCCUUUUCGAAUACAAGUAUGUGCAAGACUUUCCAAUUGAUGGUGUGCUUGAAGCAUCGGUUCCUGGCUGACCACACAUGCAAAAAGGUGGCAGCGGCUACUGUGGUGGAGGGUAAGGGAAGAUGGAAUGAUAGGUUUUUGGCUGCUAUGGCUUCAAGGAAUGGAAGAGAUUGUGGCAGCAAGAGUGGACAUGGUUCUACAUCUACUCCCAGUACAUCUUCAUCUAUUAAAGCAUAUUGA